AUGCAUUCCUCAUAAAAUAAACAAAAGGUGCAGUUAAUUAAGGAUGUAUAACCCUUAUAACGACAACUAUGGAGUAUGUCCAACAAAUAAAGUUGGAAUGCCUAAUGGCUAUUUUGAACCACGUCCUAGACAUGCAUAUGGAAAUUCUCAGAGUUAUAAUGGUGGACAGUUUAUGAUCAUACCUCGAAGGCAAAUCUACAAAUGUCAAAUUGGACAUAAUCACUUUGAUCAAGAAGAAGCCGAACAUUGCAAUAGCAUGACAAUGCUGACAAUGAUGGCAUCUAGAACUAACAGAUGUCACCAGGGACAUCACCACGCCAACUCUAGAGAAGUAUCAGAAUGUAACGCCUUAGAGAUGAGAUUACAGACACUGAGAGCAAACGAAUUGAAUAUUCGCCUCCGGCAAACAGUCACCGAUAGAGAUGGUAGAACUAUCCAGAAUGAAAUUGAGUACAGAGGAAAUCCAGAUUGGAUUCAAAGACCGUUUGGGCUAGUUAAUAUUACAACAUUGUGGUUUUAGAAACAAUCCUGCUCUUGGACAAUCCGGAGGCUCAUCCAUGAGACUGUCCAAUUUUCCAUUCAAUUACUAGUAGUCCUGGCCACGAAAUGCAAAUGUUGAAAACUUUAAUACCAAAAAGCUACGGAAAAAGGGGACUUAUUAAGUUUUUAUCAAAGAACAAAUAAAUUGAGAAUUGAAA